AAUUAGUGAAAAGCGAUGAUACAGCGACGCUGCCUUGGGUUUGGGCUUCUAUUAUUCUCACUAUCGUCGGCCCUACCACUCACGCGCCAGAUCUCGCGGCUGUCAAUGUCAUUGUCAACGAACUCAACGGCCGGUAUGAAGUCGCAGUCUAGCUCUCUGUCACCACCGGUGGCGAAGAAGGUGGAGCACCGUAUGGAGAUGUUCGGCGACGUGAGGGUCGACAAUUAUUACUGGCUCCGUGAUGACUCCCGCACGAACCCGGAGGUCCUUUCGUAUCUUAAAGAAGAAAACGACUACACCCACUCGUUCAUGUCUGAUACCAAACAAUUUGAAGAGCAUCUUUAUGCUGAGAUGAGAGGACGUAUAAAGGAAGAUGACAUAUCAGCCCCCAAGCGCAGAGGGUCAUAUUACUAUUAUGAAAAGACUUUGGAGGGAAAUGAAUAUGUUCAGCAUUGCAGGCGCCUUGUACCCAAUAACCAGGCGGCCCCUUCUGUCUAUGAUGUUAUGCCUACUGGGCCUGAUGCUCCUAAAGAGCAUCUUAUCCUGGAUGAAAAUUUAGAGGCUCAAGGGCAUGAAUAUUAUAGCAUCGGUGCUUUCAAGGUAAGUCCGAAUCAUAAGCUGGUGGCAUAUGCAGAAGACACUAAAGGAGAUGAAAUAUACACUGUUCGUGUUAUUGAUGCAGAGACACGAGCACCUGUCGGGAAGCCUUUGGUAGGUAUAACAUCGGACCUUGAAUGGGCUGGUGACGAAGCUUUAGUUUACGUGACAAUGGAUGAGAUCCUACGACCUGACAAGGUAUGGUUUCAUAAACUGGGAACAGAUCAAUCAAGCGACUCCUGUCUUUAUCAGGAAAAGGAUGAUACAUUUUCUGUUGAUCUUCAAGCUUCAGAGAGCAAGAAAUUCUUGUUUGUCGGUUCUGCAAGCAAAAUUACUAGAUUCAUAUUCUAUCUUGAUGUUUCAAAGCCUGAUGAUGGCCUCAAGGUUCUGACACCUCGUGUGGAUGGGAUUGAUACAUCAGCCAGCCAUCGAGGAAACCAUUUUUUCAUUACGAGGAGAAGUGAUGAGUUUUUCAAUUCUGAACUAGUGGCUUGUCCUGUAGAUAAUGUCUCCUCUACUACAGUUCUUAUUCCACACAGGAAUAGUGUAAAAAUUCAGGAGUUGCAACUUUUUAGCAAUUAUCUUGUUCUAUGUGAGCGUGAAGGGGGCCUGCCCAGGAUAAUCACUUAUCGCCUUCCAGCUGUUGGAGAACCCCUUAAAAGCCUUCAAGGUGGUCAAGCCGUUGAUCUUAUUGACCCUAUAUAUUCAGUGGAUCCAUCAGAAUCAGAAUUUAGUUCCAGCAUUUUACGUUUUUCUUAUAGCUCAAUGAGGACACCUCGCUCUGUAUACAAUUAUGAUAUGAACUCAGGAGUUUCUGUUUUGAAGAAGAUUGAUACAGUGUUGGGAGGUUUCGAUGCCUCUUGUUAUGUCACCGAAAGGAGAUGGGCCAUCGCCUCAGAUGGCACUAAGAUUCCUAUAUCAAUUGUUUAUCACAAGGAUCUUGUGAAGCUUGAUGGUUCGGAUCCAUUGCUGCUUUAUGGCUAUGGUUCCUAUGAGAUCUGCAUAGAUCCCAGUUUUCAGGCAGAAAGGUUGUCUUUACUACAGCGUGGUUUUAUCUAUGCAAUAGCGCACAUUCGGGGUGGUGGUGAAAUGGGGAGGCAAUGGUAUGAGAAUGGGAAGUUGUUGAAGAAAAAAAAUACUUUCACGGAUUUUAUUGCUUGUGCUGAGUAUUUAAUAAAAGAGAAGUACUGUGCUAAGGAGAAGUUGUGCAUUAAUGGAAGAAGUGCAGGGGGAUUACUUAUUGGUGCUGUCCUUAACAUGAGGCCUGACUUGUUCAAGGCUGCUGUUGCCGGCGUACCUUUUGUAGAUGUAUUGACUACAAUGCUUGAUCCAACCAUCCCUCUUACGACUUCAGAGUGGGAGGAAUGGGGUGAUCCUAGAAAGGAGGAGUUUUACUUCUACAUGAAGUCAUAUUCCCCAGUUGAUAAUGUUAAGGCGCAGAACUACCCAAACAUUCUUGUCACAACUGGCUUGAAUGAUCCACGUGUUAUGUACUCGGAGCCUGCCAAGUUUGUGGCGAAACUGCGAGAGACAAAAACAGAUUCGAAUUUGUUACUGUUUAAAUGCGACCUUGGCGCUGGCCAUUUUUCAAAGUCAGGAAGAUUUGAGAAGCUUCAAGAAGAUGCAUUCACAUAUGCUUUUGUUUUUAAGGCACUGAAUAUGGUGCCGGCCAUUGAGUCUGGGCCAAACUGAUCAACUCACAUCCUUCAAAGAUUAUUCAAAAACAUUGCAUGUACUUUUGAUUUUUCAAUUGGCAUUUUGAAAACAUAUGUGCAUGCAGUUAUAUGAAUUUUUAAAAAUUUAGGAUGCUGAUUGCUUGAGAAGAUGAAUUUAUAAGGGGGUGGUAUGUGUUAUGGGAUUGUACCUGUACGUGUUAGUGAGAUUUAUCACACGAAAAAGGAGAGACUAUCUCCUACA